AUGGCGGCAUAUAGAGCGGAUGACGACUAUGAUUAUUUGUUCAAGGUGGUGCUGAUCGGGGAUUCGGGUGUGGGGAAAUCGAACUUGUUGUCGAGAUUUACGAGGAACGAGUUUAGCCUUGAAUCCAAAUCCACAAUCGGAGUCGAAUUCGCCACCCGAAGCAUUCGGGUCGACGAUAAGAUCGUUAAGGCCCAGAUUUGGGACACCGCUGGACAAGAAAGUUUUAAGGGGUUUUGUAAUUUUGAGAGAUUUGAGGAAAAGGAGGUGUAUCUUGGAUUGGUGUAUUGGUUUGGUGAAAUGGGUACUUGGAAUCUUGGUUUUUUCUUUUUAGGUUGUUUGGUUGCUGGGAUAAUGUGGGAAUGA